AUGCCGCCCAUCUUCCCGCCUGUUGGUGGUGGAUCGGAAGUCAUAUUUGCCGUUGGUCCUCAGUCGCUGCAAGUGGAAGCAAUAACAAAAAAAACUUUGGAGGAUGUGUUCUUUUUGAGACAUGUGGGGAGGAAAUUGAACUAUAUCAGGCCAAAGUACGAGAGACUUCUCCACCCAAUCUUCCUUGACCACUUUGGAAAACUGAAGCUCCCGAUCAUGGCAAGAGUGACACCCACCCUGGCAAUCGUGGUCUUGUCCCUCUCCACCAUCGGUACCCACUUAUCUGGUGGGCCUAUGUAUAACAAGUAUACAUACUUUAUUGACAGGCUGUGUAGUUACACCUGGUGGGCUCACCUCCUUCACAUCAGCAAUUGCGUAGGCUUUCCUCUCUUGUGCUCCGGUCCAUCCUGGUAUCUAGCGGCAGACUUCCAGAUGUUUGUGUUGUCACCCCUGCUGCUGCUACCACUCUUUCACCAACCUAAGUUGGGGCUGCUGCUGCUAGCAGGCGUGUACUUGGUCUCUACCGUCGUUAAGACUGCUGACGCCAUCAUCAAACAAAUACACCCUGACGUAUUCCUGAGCGAAGGACCUCGAGGUGACCGGAGAUUAUCAACCGCCCACAUGAAUACUAUCUACAGAGCGGCAACCUUCGCUAUAGGACUAGCUGUUGGCUAUCUGAUCCUGGAGGUCAGAAGCGGAAAGAUGAAAGUCAACUUAUCGAAGCCCGUUGUCUGGCUGUGCUGGCUAUUGUCUCUCUCAUUCCUGGUGACCACUCUCUGGUUCUCUACUCUGUUCAUAAGACCGAGUUAUGAGGACACUCCUUGGCUCUCGGCUGUGUACCUGGGGCUGAUACAGCGACUCUGGGUCCUGGGGGCUGCUUGGAUAGUCCUGGCCUGUACCAUGGGAUACGGAGGAUGGCUCGGCAAGAUGCUGUCGUGGUCGGGGUUCGUCCCCCUAUCCCGCUUAUCCUUUGGGAUCUACUUGUUCCACAUGAAUAUACAGAGUCACCACGUCUUCCGUAUGCGUCAGCCCUUUAACAUGGAUGCCUUUGACAUUGUGUUCCACUGUGUAGGAGACUACGUUAUGAGUGCCGGUCUGGCCACAGUGCUGUACCUAACGGUGGAAGCGCCCUGCUCCAGAGUGAUCAACCAUCUACUCUGGCCCACAUCUCAAUACGCCCGGAGAGCAGAAACGCCUGGGGACCACCAAGAAAAGAAAAAGAACACGUGAACGAAAUCUGGAACUAUUUGAGUAGAAAUCUCGAGAUCCAUCCUGCCUAAGAGACGAUUCAGGAUUACUUAAUAAUAGGCCUAUAUGUGUUGUAAAUUACUCAUUAUAUGACAAAUAUUUAAU